CAUGUUCUCACCCUGCGUCAAUUCAGCUCUUAGUUCCGUACAUGAGUAAAAAAUUUCGCUGAGUUUUACCGACUAAUCGUGCGGAAGCCUUCCAAGUAGGAGAUUCAAGCCCUUUUCCGGAGUUCUUCAGUCACCGCCCUUCAGUCGUUGAUACAUUCCGAUAAGUUCAUCAUGUCUUCAAAAUUGACAUGGCUACCCAUCGAAUCCAACCCCGAGGUGAUGAAUAAGUUCUUGUGGAACUCUGGUAUGCCCAAAUCCUGGGGCAUCCACGAUGUUUUUGGCCUGGAUUCGGAACUUUUGGCGAUGCUCAAUCAACCCGUGGUUGGUGUGUUGCUUCUCUUUCCCCUUGGCGCUGAGGUGAAUGCAUUGAUGGAUGGCCGUAAACCCAUGAGUGAAAUACCCGAAGGCCUUUACUAUAUGAAGCAGACCAUUUCCAAUGCUUGCGGGACCGUGGCCAUGAUCCAUGCGGUCGCCAAUAACCAAGACAAGAUCGAACUGGAAAAGGGAUGCUUGAAGAAAUUCUUGGACGACACCAAAAACGACACCCCUGAAGAGCGGGCUGUCAAGUUGGAGGGCAACGAAGAAGUGUGUGAGACUCAUGACCAAGUUGCACAAGAAGGUCAAACCGAGGCCCCAUCUUUGGAUGAAUCUGUCGAUUUUCAUUUCGUGGCCUUUAUUGAAAAGAAUGGACAUAUCUACGAAUUGGAUGGUCGGAAAGACAGUCCAGUGGAUUGCGGCCAGGUUGCCAAGUCAUUUGUCGAGUCUGCAGCCGAGGAAUGCAAAAAGUAUAUGGCCUGUGAUCCUGGGAACAUUAAGUUCAACGUAUUGGCCCUGACUCCUACUCAGUGAUGUGAUUACAAUGUACUCUAAUCUCCAGAAAAAUCAUGUAUUGCACUUUCAACGCACCCUCGAUUUUUUAUUCGGAUUCACUUGCCCUCGUGGAACAAAUUAUGGUUCAAAUUGCAUUCACCUAAAAUUGUCUUGUACGUUUUACCGCGAAAUACAGCAUUCGGUGUGAUAAA